AUGUUGAAGAGGAAGGGGAAAGCCCAGCCUUAUACUAAAGCCCUGGAUGGAGGAUGGGGAUGGAUGACUGUGUUUCAUUUUUUCCUGGUAAAUGUGUUUGUGAUGGGGAUGACCAAGACUUUUGCCAUUUUCUUUGUGGUCUUUCAAGAAGAGUUUGAAGCCACCUCGGAGCAAACUGGUUGGAUUGGAUCCAUCAUGUCAUCACUUCGCUUUUCCGCAGGUCCCCUGGUUGCCAUUACUUAUGAUAGACUUGGAGAGAAAACGACCUCCAUUCUUGGGGCUUUCCUUGUUACUGGCGGCUAUCUGAUCAGCAGCUGGGCUACAAGCAUCCCCUUUCUUUGCGUGACUAUGGGACUUUUAACUGGUUUGGGUGCUGCUUUCUUGUAUCAAGUAGCUGCUGUGGUGGUCACCAAAUAUUUCCAAAAACGAUUGGCUCUUUCUACAGCUAUUGCUCGUUCUGGAAUGGGGCUGACAUUUUUGUUGGCACCCUUUACAAAAUUCCUAAUGGAUCUAUAUGACUGGACAGGUGCUCUUCUAUUAUUUGGAGCUAUUACACUGAAUUUGGUACCUUCUAGUAUGCUCUUAAGACCCAUCCAUAUCAAAAGUGAGAACAAUUCUGAUCUUAAAUAUAAAGGUAGCAGUUUGUCUGCAUGUGAUCCAGACAUACCAUGUGAGACAGAAACAUCAUACAGCAAUGAGACACAAGACUCUACCAUCAAGGACAGUACUAUGCAGAAGACUGGACAGCAUGGUAACAUUUUAAUAGUCCCACAAAAUCCAAGUGAAGAGUUCAACAAUGAGCCUAACAGGAACAGACAGUUAAUAAUAAGUAAUGGAGAAACCUGCAAUAAGGGUAGUUUGUGGAGCUGCACACAAAAACUCUUUGAUGUUUCUCUCUUCAGGAAUCCUUUCUUCUACGUAUUUACCUGGUCUUUCAUCCUCAGUCAGUUAGCAUAUUUCGUCCCUACCUUUCACCUGGUAGCCAGAGCCAAAACUCUGGGGAUUGACAUCACGGAUGCCUCCUACCUCGUUUCCGUAGCUGGAAUCCUUGAGACAGUCAGUCAGAUUAUUUCUGGAUGGGUUGCUGAUAAAAACUGGACCAAGAAGUAUCAUUACCUCAAGUCUUACCUCAUUCUCUGUGGCAUCACUAACCUCCUUGCUCCUUUAGCCACCACAUUUCCACUACUUAUGACCUACACCGUCUUCUUUGCCACUUUCGCUGGUGGUUACCUGGCGUUGCUACUACCUGUACUGGUUGAUCUAUCUGGGAAUUCCACGAUACACAGGUUUUUGGGAUUUGCUUGUUUCUUUGCUGGGAUGGCCGUCCUUUCUGGACCACCUAUAGCAGGCUGGAUAUAUGAUUAUACCCAGACAUACAACGGCUCUUUCUACUUCUCUGGCAUUUGCUAUCUCCUCUCUUCUGUUUCCUACUUUUUUGUACCAUUGGCUGAGAGAUGGAAAAACAGUCUAGCCAGAAGGAAAGAGGACUGCAAUCAAGGGAGAGCUUAACCAAAGAAAAUCUCAACUAAUAAAUAAGUCACUGGAAACAUAAGUUUGGAAAUAGUCUUUUGUAAAAUGAGAAG